AUGCCUUCGACGGUUCAACCUCUGGCUAGUGUAGCUGUUGCUGGUGGGUCCACUGUCACCAGUGUGCCCGGAGUGCUCUCUGAUCGUGAUAAGCUUGAUCUUGAUGGUCUGCUGUGGGACAUACAGCGCACUCUUUUCGAGUAUCUUACCAUCAGCAUUGUCCGCCCAUCCUCGAGGAAUUUUAUUGUACAUGCCAAAGUAGGUGUCUUAAUUAUACAAUAG